CGGCUAAGGAAAAUAAGAGCCAGACACAGCACUGACCAUGGAUAGUCACAGUGUGGAGGAGAGGCAGGCGCAGGAGAACUAUCAACAGCAGGUGUUUGAUACAGAUGAUAAAAAGGCUUUGGUUUCCAAGGAGAACACAGCAGAGAAGAAAAGCAGCCCUUCAUCAGCGAGUUUCAAUGUGAUAAACUCUAUCAUUGGCUCCGGGAUCAUUGGAUUGCCUUACUCAUUGAAGCAAGCCGGUUUCCCUCUAGGAAUAUUGCUGCUCAUUUUGGUGUCGUAUAUAACAGAUUAUUCUAUCAUACUGUUGAUCAAAGUAGGAAACCUGUCUGGAACCAGCACGUAUCAGUCUCUGGUGAACCAAGCCUUUGGGAUUGUUGGCUACGUGAUCCUGUCAAUCCUGCAGUUCCUGUAUCCUUUUAUUGCCAUGAUAAGCUACAACAUAAUAACUGGAGAUACAUUAACAAAAGUUUUGCAGAGAAUCCCCGGAGUGGGUCCCGACAGCAUAUUGGCAGAGAGGCAUUUUGUCAUUAUGACAAUAACUAUUCUGUUCACGUUACCUCUGUCACUGUAUCGCAGUGUCGCUAACUUAGGAAAGGUAUCGCUUUUGUCGCUGGUUUUAACGUUUGGCAUUUUGGCGAUAGUGGUCGUCAAAGUUGCAACACUAGGACCACUCAUUCCAGCCACUGAAAAUGCCUGGAUGUUUGCCCAGCCAAAUGCAAUUCAAGCAGUUGGGGUGAUGUCAUUUGCAUUUAUAUGCCAUCACAAUAGUUUUUUAAUUUAUGGAUCGCUGGAGGAGCCAACAAUAAGCAACUGGUCUCGAAUCACUCAUGCGUCUGUGAUCUUUGCCUUGUUCAUCAGUUUGCUUUUUGCUACUUGUGGAUAUGUGACUUUCACAGGUUACACACAAGGAGACAUAUUUGAAAAUUAUUGCAGAAAUGAUAAUUGGGCUACUGUAGCAAGAUUUCUUUAUGGGAUCACUAUAAUUCUGACAUUUCCAAUUGAAUGUUUUGUAACACGGGAGGUUAUUGGGAAUGUGUUUUUCUCUGGGAAUCUGACAACCAUAUUGCACAUCACAUUGACGGUGUUCAUUGUUGCUGCAGCCACAGCCAUCUCACUAGCCUAUGACUGCCUGGGAAUCGUUCUGGAAUUAAAUGGGGUGCUCAGCGCUACUCCUCUGGUGUUCAUCAUCCCAGCAGCUUGUUAUCUCAAGCUCUCCGACCAACCCUGGUAUCAUCAGGACAGCCUUCAGUCGUGUACCAUCCUGAUCAUUGGUGCCCUGGUGAUGAUUGUGGGGUUUGUGAUGGCUGUCAUGUCCCCCCAGGAAUGCAGUCAUGGAAAUGAUAUGUUUUACUGCCUUCCUUCAAAUGUAUCUGUACAUAAUGUCUCAGCCUCCACUUACCAGCCGGUCAGUCAGUCUCCAGCCCUCAGCCGUAGCACCUUGUCAAACGGGUUAAAGUGACUGUCCUGCAAUUAUGCUUGUUAAGAGAUGUGAAGGUUUGCUUUAACAUUAGAA